AUGGUAAGAUUACCUUUGAACGAAUCAGUACAAGUUCUUGGAGAUUCGUUACCAAUGGCAACAAAACGUUUCUAUCGCUUAGAAAAUCGUUUUAAAGUACAACCCGAACUCUACAGCCAGUACAAAGCAUUCAUGGAAGAAUAUCUUCAGCUUGGUCACAUGGAAGAAGUUACAGGAGAAUUCACAACAAACAAUUCAUGUUAUUAUCUACCUCAUCAUCCAGUGAUACGAGAAGACAGUCUAACAACAAAGGUGAGAGUAGUAUUUGAUGCCAGUGCAAAAACAUUAAACGGUCCAUCUCUGAAUGACAUUAUGAUGAUUGGCCCUACAGUACAGUCUGAUUUAGCUACUAUUUUGAUUAAAUUUCGAGUGCACAAGAUUGCAUUUUGUGCUGAUCUUACAAAGAUGUAUCGUCAAAUACUAGUGGAUCCACAAGAUCGAGAUCUUCAAAGAAUUGUUUGGCGAAACCAACCACAUGAAAGUCUUCAACAUUUUAAACUACGUACUGUAACAUAUGGGACAGCAUCAGCUCCAUAUCUAGCUACUCGAUGUCUCAAUCAAAUUGCAAUAGAUAUUGAAAGGGUCGAUAAAACGACGGCCGAUGUAAUCCAGAACGAUUUUUAUAUCGAUGAUCUGUUAAGUGGAGCCCCAACAUUGGAAGAGGCAAAACAAUUGCAAGUACGAAUACAACAAGUACUGUGUAAUGCUGGGUUAGAACUGCGAAAAUGGUGUUCAAAUUCAGCAGAUUUGUUACGUUCUUUAGACUUAGAUCCUUGUGCUCAAGACGAAAAUUUUUUAAUAAAAAUUGGUGAUCAAGAUUCAGUCAAAUCACUUGGGUUGAGCUGGUAUCCACAGACCGAUGAGUUACAAUUUAAGACAAAUUUCAAUCCAUCAUCAGCACGAUGCACAAAAUGA